UCCCUCCCUCUGCUCGUGUGUGCUCGCCGUGCCCAGAUAAAUCACUCCCCCUCCGGAUAACCUGCACCGCUGAGGGGCCGCUCUCUGCAGACCAGAGCGAAGACCAGAGCGAGGAGGGAACCACUAUCCGCUGCUCCGGGGACUCUUUUCAUUCCGUGUCCCGUGAACUGACAUCGGACGCAGGCAGCUUUUUGUUCAGUUUUAGUGUUUUUUCCCUCCACGAUGGCCGGUAGCACCAUAACUCGGGUGCUUGUGGCUCUGUGCAUCGGGAGCGUGGUUAACUGUAUGCCCAACAGGACGCAGAAAAGCCGGCGGCAAGCGCAGCAGCAUCACGUCUCCUCCGUAUCUCAAGAGGGCUGCAUGGAAAAUGGUCACUUUUAUGGCGUCAAUGACCAGUGGGAACGGCCAUACCUGGGCAGCAUGCUGGUCUGCACAUGCCAAGGAGUCGCUGGGAUUAAAUGCACAAGUAAACCAGAUGAAGAAGAAAGGUGUUUUGACAAGAUAAACCAGCGCUCCUACACUGUUGGAGAAACUUACGAGAGACCCAAGGACGGCAUGAUCUGGGACUGUACCUGCAUCGGCUCUGGAAGAGGCAAGAUUAGCACAAUUGCCAAUCGCUGCCAUGAGGGCGGAGCUUCUUAUAAGAUAGGGGACACCUGGAGAAGACCUCACGAAACCGGAGGAUACAUGUUGGAGUGUGACUGUUUGGGCAAUGGGAAAGGAGAAUGGACUUGCAAACCAGUUGCUGAGCGUUGCUAUGACAACAGUGCCGGGACGUCUUAUGUAGUGGGUGAAACAUGGGAGAAGCCGUACCAGGGCUGGAUGGUGGUGGACUGCACCUGUAUGGGAGAGGGCAGUGGACGAAUCACAUGUACCUCAAGAAACCGCUGUAAUGACCAGGAUACCCUGUCCUCUUACCGCAUUGGAGACACUUGGACCAAAACAGACGCGAGGGGCAACCUGCUUCAGUGCCUGUGCACUGGGAAUGGGAGGGGAGAGUGGAAGUGUGAGAGACAUGCCUCGCUUCACACCACCGGACUGGGCACUGGCUCUCGCGUGAUCACAAACAUCCAGCCGGUGGUCUACCAGCCGGCAGUCCCUGAACUACCUCAGGAGGGGCCCUGCAGGUCGGACGCUGGGCUGUAUUAUUUCAUUGGACAGAGAUGGAUCAAGAACCAGGGAACCAAACAAAUGCUCUGCACCUGCCUCGGCAACGGCAUCAGCUGUGAACAAUGGGAUGGACCUGCUGCUGUCUAUGGAGGUAAUUCUGGUGGGCAGCCCUGUGUUUUCCCGUUCGUUUACAAAGGAAAGACUUACCACACCUGCACCUCGGACGGACGCAGUGAUGGACAGCUCUGGUGUUCCACUUCAUCUGACUUUGAGACCGAACAAAAAUACUCUUUCUGUACUGAACAAAAUGCCAUUGUGACGACCAGGGGAGGUAACUCCAAUGGCGCCCUGUGUCAGUUCCCUUACAUCUAUAAUGGACGGAACUAUUCGGAUUGUACUUCUGACGGGAGGAGAGACGGGAUGAAGUGGUGCGGCACGACAACAGACUACGAUGCUGAGCAGAGAUUUGGAUUCUGCCCCAUGGCUGCUCAUGAAGAGGUCUGCACCACAACUGAAGGGGCGAUGUACAGAGUGGGCGACCAGUGGGACAGGCGCCAUGACGUCCUGGGACACAUGAUGAGGUGUACCUGUGUUGGAAAUGGGAGAGGAGAGUGGAGCUGUGUCGCCUAUUCUCAACUCAAAGAUCAGUGUAUUGUGGAUGGCUUGACCUAUGAGGUGAACCAGACUUUUACCAAACAACAUGAGGAGGGCUACACAAUGAACUGCACCUGCUUCGGACAGGGGCGCGGUCGAUGGAAGUGUGACGCAAUUGACCAGUGCCAGGAGCCAGAGACCAGAGCUUUCUAUCAGAUUGGGGAGUCAUGGGACAAAGUCAUCCACGGAGUCAUGUACAAGUGUUAUUGCUAUGGCAACGGUCUCGGAGAGCUGAGUUGUGAGCCCCAGCAGUCCUACCCAGGUGGUACCCGUCCUGUACAAGUUAUCAUCACCGAAUCUGGAAACCAACCCAACUCUCACCCCAUCCAGUGGAACGCCCCUGCCUCUGCCCACAUCACUCAAUAUGUCCUCAAGUGGAGAGCUAAAAACAGCCCCAACCCAUGGAGGGAGGUGAUCAUCCCGGGCCAUCUGAACUCAUACACCAUCUCUGGUCUGAAGCCUGGAGUAACGUACGAGGGUCAGCUGAUCAGCGUGCUUCGAUUCGGACGGCGUGAGGUCACACGAUUCGACUUCACCACCACCUACGGGUCAUUGGCCACAUCUCAUGGAGAGACCUCCCCUCCUCCUCCAGUUGUGGAUAUUUUGGAGUCCGUCACUGAAAUUACCUCCAGCAGUUUCGUCAUCUCUUGGGUCUCUGCCUCUGACACAGUUUCUGGGUUCAGAGUGGAAUAUGAGCUCAAUGAACAGGGACAAGGCACUGGGCAGCCAAUCGUGUUAGAACUGCCACGUACAGCCACAUCAGUGAACAUCAAUGAGCUUCUGCCUGGGAGGAAAUACACUGUCAAUGUCUAUGAAGUCACUGACGGAGGAGAAGACAACCUCAUCCUCACCACUUCACAAACUACAGCUCCUGAUGCUCCUGUUGACCAUGAAGUUGACGAAGUUGGAGAGACCUCUAUCGUCAUCAGCUGGGAUAAGCCUCUUGCUCCUAUCACUGGUUACCGGGUUGUGUACACCCCUUCAGUGGAGGGAGAGAGCACAGAGCUGACCCUCUCUGACACAGUGACCUCUGUCACCCUAAGUGACCUUCGACCCGGUCUGCUGUACAACAUCAGUAUCUACGCCGUGGAGGGCAGUCUGGAGAGCGAGCCUGUGUUUGUACAGGUCAACACGGCCGGAGAACCACAGCCAGAUGAAGUAGAAUCUCCUACUGACCUGCAGUUCUUCGAGGUGUCCGAUAAGAAAAUAGUUCUGACCUGGACAGGCCCAGCUGUGGAUGUUUCUGGGUACAGGGUGACCGUUGUCCCUGUGGAUGAGUCUGGGACCCCCCAAACAGAGAUGACCCUCCCUGUGAGCCAAAACUCCUACAUCGAAGUCACUCACCUUGAACCAGGAACGAACUAUCGCUUCAACGUCUACUCUAUCAACAAUGGAGAGGAGAGUGUGCCCCUGGUUGGAGAGCAGCUGACCAAGCCAGAUGCCCCGACAGACAUCCACUUCAUGAACGUCACAGAGGACAGUGCUGUGAUUCUGUGGUACGCACCUCGAGCCAAAGUCACCGGGUACCGCUUGUUCCUCACGGUCGAAGGUUCCACUCCCAAACAGCUCAAACUCCCAGCUCGCCUCACCCAGUACACCCUGCUCAACCUGAAGCCAGAUACAGAGUACACGGCCACACUGCACUCAGAGAUAGAUAAUACUCUGAGUGAGGGAGAGUCUGCUGUCUUUACCACCACUCCUCCAAUGGGUAACGCCCCUCAGUUCAACACAGAUGUAACUGACACCUCCAUCGUUGUCUCCUGGACUCCUAUUCCACGCAUCGGAUACAAGUUGACGGUGCGCCCCAGUCAGGGAGGAGAGGCUCCACGGGACGUGACCUCUGACUCAGGAAGUAUCUACAUUUCCGGUCUGACCCCUGGAGUGGAGUACACCUACAGCGUUCAGCCAGUAUUAAACGGACAGGAACAAGGCACCCCCAUCACAAAAAGAGUGGUUACACCUCUGUCUCCCCCCACUGAUUUGAACCUGAAGUCUAAUCCAGGGUCAGGAGAGGUCACUGUGCAAUGGACCAGCACUGAUGCACCAGACAUAACCGGCUACAGAGUGAUGUGCACUCCCACAAACAGCCAGCAGGGAAACAGCAUAGAGGAGUUUGUUAAGGCUGGGCAGACUUCAUGCACUUUGGAUAACCUCAGUCCAGGCAUCGAGUACAACAUCAGCGUGGUCACUGUGAAAGGCGAUAUGGAGAGCACCCCCAUCUACACCACUGUUACGCCCGAAAUCCCACAGUUGACAGACCUGACUUUUGAUGAUGUUGGGGAUACGACCAUUAGCCUGCGCUGGUCCCCUCACAACACUACAGCUAUCACUGGUUAUAAAAUUACAGUGGUAGCAGCUGGAGAGAGUGUGCCCAUAUUUGAGGAUAUGGUUCAGCCCAGUACUGGCUUUUACACGGUCUAUGGACUGGAGCCUGGUAUUGACUAUGACAUCAGUGUGAUCACUAUGACUGAGCACGGAGAGAGUGAGCCCACAACGCUGACUCAACAUACAUCUGUACCAGCUCCGACUGAUUUGACUUUUGGACAAUCUGGACCAAAUACAAUUCACGUCUCAUGGGUUGCUCCUCAUGUGCCAAAUAGUGCAGACAUCAAUAGCUACUUGAUCAGGUAUCACCCCAUUGACGAUGAAGAUGACAACACAGAGACCAGUGUUGGGGGUGAUGAGAAUAGUGUAGUGCUGAAGCAUUUGCUGCCAAACACAGAGUAUCUGGUCAGUGUGGUGUGUGUCUAUGAGCAAAGAGAGAGCUCACCUGUUGUCGGCACCAUGAAAACAGCCUUGGACUCCCCUGCGGGUCUGCGUUUCUCUGAGAUCUACACCACCUCCUUCACCAUCCAUUGGCUGCCCCCUCAGAGCAGGAUCACAGGCUACAGAAUCCGCUACCAAAUGUCCACCGGAGGGCGCACAAAGGAGGAGAGAUUGCCCCCAUCUCGAAACCACUUUACCAUCACUGGACUGGCCCCAGACACUGAAUACAUCGUCAACAUCACUGCAGUCAAUGGAAUACGGGAGAGCAUUCCUAUUAGUGGAAAGCAAAAGACAAUUUCUGAUGCUCCCACAGACCUGACAGUUUUGGAUUCCACUCCUACAAGCAUUACUGUGCGCUGGGACGCCCCUCCUGUCACUGUGCGGUACUACAGGAUCACACAUGGAGAGACUGGUGGCCACAGUAACCCCAAAGAGUUCACUGUUUCUGGUUCUCAGUCCACGGCCACCAUCAGUAAUCUGAACCCAGGUACUGACUACACCAUCACUGUGUACGCUGUGACAGGAAGAGGAGACAGCCCCGCCUCCUCCACUCCCAUCUAUGUCACGCACAAAACAGGUGUUGACUCUCCCUCAGACAUGGAAGUGAAGGAAGUGAAUGACAACAGUGUAACAGUCAGGUGGAGUCCAGCCCAGGGGCCCAUCAAGGGAUACAGAGUUACAGGGGUUCCACGAAACGGACAAGGCCCCAGCUUUACUGAAGUGGUUGCUCCAGACCAAACAGAGAUUACCUUCCAUGGCCUGAUGCCUUCUUCAGAGUAUGUUGUGAGUGUGUCUGCCCUGGGACAAGAUGGUGAAAGCUCCCCUGUGGUGGUGAAUGCUUUAACUGAGCUUGAUCGUCCCAAAGAUUUGAGCUUCUCCGAUGUGGACUCCACCUCCCUGCGCAUCUCUUGGGACAGUCCGGAGGGCAUUGUCACCUCCUAUAGAAUCCUUUACGCCAGUUCAGAGGAAGGGGAGAGAGAGCUGUACCCCGCCCCCAGAGGAGAUGCUGAGUCUGCUGUCAUCUAUGGACUUCAGCCCGGCACUGAGUACACAGUCAAAGUCAUCGCGUUGCAUGAUGAUACAGAGAGCACACCUGUGAUUGGAGUGCAGGCUACACCCAUCUCUCCUCCCACCAACCUCCAGUUCUCCCAAGUGGGACCCACCUCUUUCACCAUUAGCUGGUCUGGGACAGGACAGGAGAACAGGCUCGGGGGAGUGACCAGACUGACCGGGUACCGUGUGGUGGUCAACCCGAAAAACAAGAACGGACCCACCAAAGAGCUGAAUCUAGCCCCCGAUACUACACAGGCUCACAUCUCUGGACUCAUGAUCGCAACUACAUAUGAUGUCCAUGUUUACGCUCUGAAAGACUCCCUGACCAGCCGAGCAGUCCAAGGAGAGGUCACCACUGUGGAGAACAUCAGCCCUCCCCGUCGUCUGCGUAUCUCUGAUGUUAACGACUCUGCCAUCACCCUGACCUGGCGCUCCAAAACAGAAACCAUCUCCGGAUUCUUCAUCGAGGUCACUCCAAUCUCCACUUCUUCGUUUUCUCCCAUCCAGAAGACCAUCGGAGCGGACUCACGGUCAUACAGCAUCACUGGUCUUGAGCCUGGGACGGCUUACAAGAUCAACAUCUACACACUAAAAGGAAAUGGACGCAGUGCUCCUCUAACACUGACAGCCACCACAGCUAAACCAGUUGUGAUCCCACCCACGGACAUUCGCUUCAUCUCCUUGAACCCCACCAGUAUCUCCUUCACCUGGGAGCCGUCCCGGAGUCCAGGGGUCACCGGGUACUAUGUGACCUACGAGGAGGUCGGAGGACUGCCCCGAGAACUCACCCCCCGCCCACAUGAGGGGCAGAGCUAUGCCACUAUCAAUGGGCUGAAACCUGGUACUUCCUACGUCAUCAAGAUUGUUGCUCUGCAGAAUUCUUUGAGAAGUUCACCUCUUGAGGGCAAAGCCAAAACCCAGCCUGCCCCAGAUCAGGUGCUUGUUCCUGAACUACCUCAACUUCCUGUUCCUCACCGACCCACCAGUGACAUCCUGGACGUCCCAGAGACCUUCAACGAAAAACUAAGUUUUGACUCCAACCAUGUGCAUUUGGCCGGCACCAGUGGACAAAGUCAGCCAGGCCAGCAGGGGCAGCACAUUUACACAGAGUAUCAGAGUCUUGGACCAAACACUGGAAUUAAUGGACUUUUUAAUGGGCCCAAAGAGGGACAGAGACCAACAUUCAGAGAGCCACUCGUCUAUAUCCCCAUGCCUGGGCCUGAUGGCAACAGAGUACCACUGGUCAAGGUGAGCGACGGCCCACUGCCCGGCCUUGCGUUUGGAUUCCCUGAUAAUGAAACCGAAAUUCCCCAAGAAGCUCAGACCAUCACCACCCUGUCCUGGCAGCCCAUCCCCCACACCACCGAAUAUGAGGUGUCCUGUAACCCCCUCACUCACCUGGAGGAGAGGGGCUUCCAGAUGCGACUUCCUGGUACCUCAAACAGUGCUACUCUGAUUGGUCUGACCUCUGGAGCGUCCUAUAAUGUUGUGGUGGAAGCCAUGAAGGGCGGAGCUAAAGAGAAGGUCCUGGAGGAAGUAGUAACCGUUGGCAAUGCAGUUCCUGGAGAUCUCCCCCUGACCACCACCCCUCAGGACGUGUGCUAUGACACCUUCACCCACACCUAUCACGAGGUGGGGUCCGAGUGGGAGCGCAUGUCCGAAACAGGCUUCAAACUGUGGUGUCGCUGCAUUGGCCUGGGCAGUGGGCACUUCAGAUGUGACUCCUCAAAGUGGUGUCAUGACAAUGGAAAUAACUACCGUAUUGGAGAGAAAUGGGAUCGUCGUGCAGAGAAUGGACACAUGAUGAGCUGCACUUGUCUAGGCAAUGGAAAAGGAGAAUUCAAAUGUGAACCACAUGAGUCAACGUGUUACGAUGAUGGAAAGAUGUACCAAGUUGGAAACCAGUGGCAGAAGGAGUAUCUUGGUGCCAUCUGCACAUGCACAUGCUAUGGAGGACAGCAGGGAUGGCGCUGUGAGAACUGCAGGAGACCAGGUGUCAACACAGAAGUAGAGGCUGAUUUGCUUCAGCCUGUUCACACAGAUGUCUUUGACCGGUACAGAGAAAACGCUCUACGAAAACUGAACAUCCACUGUCCGAUUGAAUGUUUGAGACCAGAGCUUCUCGCAGACGCACAGAGCCCAUCCAAAAAGUGACGAAGCAAUGACGAAGACUAACAACACCCAACACUGUCCAAACCACUUCACGAAGGAAAACUCAUGGUGCUUUUAUUCAAAUAGGAGCUUACUUUUGCCUUAUAAAGGUUUUCCCCUUUUCACAUAAUGUAGUGCCUUAUCACCAACCUGUGCCUUCUGAAAUGCAUUUUCUGGCCUUGUGCCUUGGCCAAGAUGUUGUAAAAUUAAAACAUGAUUUUCUAAGAGCACAAACUUGCUGCUUUCUACAGACUGCAUUUGUUUCAUGACACACCACUAUGUAAAUUAAUAAACCUUUGCAUAAUAUUUCCCUCUAUUUAGCCUAUAGAAUAUUUUUGUGAUACAUUUUGUUUGAUUGGCAAUAGAUUUUGAAAUAUUUUUAUGUGAUUUUUUUCCCCCCUCCAAUUUCUUAACAUAGGCUUUAUCUGUAUGUUGUCAGUUGUAUUUUUUAUAGAAAGUAAGCACUGAUGCCUUGGAAUUAGUGUUAAAUAUUACAGACUAGUAUUACAGUGCCUCACCAUUUCAGUAUAUUUGUUUUUCUGCCAUCUGCUGGUUUAAAAAAAUAUUGUCUGUAAAAUCAAUGAGACCAAAGAUGACCAAAGACAGACUGGUAUAAAUAUUUUCAUUGUUUUGGAAAUGCGUUACAUGAGUUUUAAAAGAAAUGUAUGUUUUCUUUUAUUCUUUGUUUUAUUUAUCCCGCUUAUCCAGCAUUUGUUUAAUGCUAAUUUGGGGUGUACACUUUAUUUUUUAAACUUGUUUUGUAUUGUUGGUGCCAAACUCUGAACUACUGUGGAUUGAAACUUUUUAAUAAACAGAACAAAAUCCAAA